GAGGUCGUUGGAUGUGGUAAAGAGUUCCAGUUGUGGACGUGCGUUUCAAGGGGAAGGUUACAAUAAACAUUCCUGAGAACUUAUACGAAUUUUUGUCCGUGGAAAAUUCUCAUUUACUGAGGCAGAAAUGGCCCCUCUAACAUCCCUGAUGCUGGUGGCCUUACCCCUGCUGGUGAUGAUCCCUUCUCAAGUGGGGGGGGCGGUGAGCGGUCUUGGGGUUUGUGCGCCGUUCCAAUUCAACAACGGCGAUGGCGGAGGAAGCUCCAGCAACCUCGCCACGAUCCAGAGCGCGGGUGAUCUUGCUCUCGUGGCGUGGGAUCCUGCGACGAAAGAACAGGGCGUUAAGUGUCUGGUCCUGAAGUUCGACUCUUCAUCGAAGUUGUACAAUGUCAGGUGGCUUGACAAAACAGGAAACAAGAAGAAUGCCUCUUCCAACUACGUGGUGAACCAGUACACAUUGCCUAUCUUUAACAACAAAGAAUCCAACUUUGUACUAAAUAACCUACCAAAUACAGAUUUGAACCUGGGAACGCUGUAUCCGGUCACGACAAUCGGCAACGAGUUCGUCAUGUCGGCUUGCAAUCAGGAAUUUCUCAACAGAGUCGAGACGAGAUACGUUUUCGUGCCGCUGGCGAAGGCGAUAGCGAACAAAGCGUGCAACUGCCCUGACUGGAAGACCGCGUAACGCGAAACUCGCAAAAAAAAAAAAAAUGUGCGACGGAAUGAGAAUAAUGCUAAUACUUAAAUUAUCUAUCGCUUUCGCUAAAUUAUAUAAUGUAUUUGUCCAUGAUAAUUGAACAUCAAAAUAUUUAGGGA